ACCUAGUACCUUUUCUACACUUGUCAAGGUUUAAGCGAGGUAACAGUCGUCAGUAUUUGUUAUCUUCGGUAUUCAUAAUUAAAUACAUUAUUGUACUAAAAAGUGUAAAAAAUAAUUUAAAUAUUAUCUGAUACCAUAAUUCAUGACAAAAAUAAAGAAUUUAAAAAUCUUAUGUUAUUAAUUGUGUUAAAAGUUAAAUAAUUAUUGAAAAUGCAAAGAGGUUAUACAACUGUCCAUGAACGUAAUACUGUUUACGAAUGGAAGAUAAAUAAAAUUGAUUUUUUUAUCAAAAAGGAAACAACUUUCACACUUUAUUCUUCUAAAUUCUCAUCAGGUGCGAACUUUGAAGAUGAAUGGCGUAUUAAGUCGAUUUUUACUCCUCACGACAAAAUAGAAUUUUAUUUAUGUUUAACAAGCAAUCAUCACGCAUUAAAAACAAUAUUUUCAUUUUUCAUUUUGAACGAAAGAAAAGAGAAAAAUUUUGUAAAAAAUUAUCAGUACCGAUUAAACAAAGGUGAAGGCUUUUAUUUAUCCCUAUCCAAAAAAGAUUUAUCAGAUAACAAAGAUGAAUAUUUACCUAAUAAUACUUUAACAGUGUGUGUCGAUCUUUCUAUAUAUGACACUCCAGUUACAACUUCUAGAAAACUUGAAUUAAAUAUUUCAAAACGUCAAAUGGCUCACGACUAUACAGAACUGUACAACUCUAAAAUGAGUAGUGAUGUUAUUAUAAAUGUGGGUGAUAAAGAAUUCCAAGCUCACAAAAUUAUUCUGAUGGCACGAAGUCCUGUUCUAGCUGCAAUGUUUUCUCAUGAAAUGAUUGAGAAAAAGCAAAACAAAGUAUCUAUAACAGAUAUUACUCCAGAGAUAUUCGAAAAAGUCCUUGAGUAUAUCUACACUGAUGAAGUAAUUGGUCUAGAUGAGAUUGCUGACGAGUUAUUAGAAGCCGCCGAAAAAUAUCAGCUUCAGUCACUUAAAGAAACCUGUCAAGAAUCACUCAGUGCCACACUGAAUCUUGAAAAUGCAUUUAAAUUAAUGACUUUAGCUGAUUUAUAUAACGCCAAUCAUCUUUUAGAAUUCACAACUGAUUUUUUGAUUGCAAAUAUGAAAUGUGUUAUUAACACUCAGGAUUUUAAACAACUCGAGAAAUCACACUCUUCUUUGGCAUUGAAACUUUUUAAAAAAUAUUCAUUUCCCAAAAAUGAAGAUAAAAACAGUAUUGAUGAUACAACUUCUAAAUAAUAAAUUGAAAAUUUGAACAACAAGAUUUUGUGUUUGGAUUGGAAAAAAGUAGUGGAACUAAGUACAAUAACUUCGUGUUUAUCAACAGUAUUUUAUAUUUUAAGAACAAGUUUUAUUAUUCCAUUGGAUUUUCAUAUACGGAGGAUUUUUUCAUACAUUUACUAUUAUAAUUGUAACAUUUCUUCUUCUUUUUUCAUUGUCAAAAAAACAUAAUAAAAAUGGUAACCAGAUUAGAUUUUUGUAGAAAAUAAA